AAAUCCUACAGUUUCGCCCAACUUCAAACCGCAGAAGCUUAAACUCGACGGAAUCCAUCUCGCCGACUUCUACUCUUCGAUUCCUUGCAAUUCGCCACGGCGUCGAUGUCUUCCUCCGUCAGGAUGAUCGGCAAGUCCGCUUCCCAAACUCUUCUUUCGGUUCCAGAGGAUCGAUCAAUCUUUUUUACUCAAUUUUUACUAACGUCUCCCCUUUCCUGUCGUCGGAAUCGAUCGAGACGCAAAGCAGACAUAGCCGUCAACUUCACAGGGGGAUCACUUCAUGAAUCAAAGGAGGCCCUCGCUAUCGCAGAAACUGAUGAUUGGCUACCGCUCAUGUUAUGAAGGACGCCUCUAUUGUACGGUCGGUGUGCAUCCUACUAGAUGUAAGGAAUUUGAAGACAGUGGCGACCCUGACCAAUAUUUCCAGGCGCUUGUGUCUUUAGCUCGGGAGGGCAUUGAGAAAGGCAAGGUUUCAAUUUGGCAUGAUCUCAGUGUAGUUGAAGACAACUGUAUUUGUUCACGUCUUUUCGGUAAAAUGCAGAAUGAGCGAAGUUGGAUGUAUAACAAGAAUUCAAGUAUAAUGCAGAAUGAGGAAGAGGAGGAGGAGGAGGAGGAGGAGGAGGAGGAGGAUAAUCAUAAUGAUGACUUUAAUUUUUGACGAUGGGGUUGGUGAGGCGAACUAAAGGUCCGAGAAAAAAAAGCAAAGGAGAUUUGAAGGGGUGCAAAGCUUUUGGGCAGACGAAGAUGACUUGAUGUAUUUUUAGUUUAUUUACCUCCUUGGAUGGAUGAUGGACUUAUAUAACAUUUGAUUGUUGAACUUUAUAAUAUUUUCUAGAAGCUUGAACAAGAUAGAUCUUGUAAAAUUUGUUGAGAUCUUUAUAUUUGUUGAAUUAUGAGUUGAUCGAGUUCAAUUA